GUAGUAGAUGAAUUAGAAACAUUAGAAAAAGGAGCUGCAUAUGACUAUUUAAAAGUAGAAAAAGAGAUGAAUUAAUUAGAUUUUGAAAUAGAAAAAACAGAUAAUAUAUUAGGAGAAUUGGAAGGGGUAUUAUUAAAUUUUCGUGAUCAUUUAAAUGAAAUAAAAAGUCAAAUGACUGUUUUAUAAGAAAGAUCUUUGAAAAUGAAUACUUCUUUAACAAACAGAAAAAAUUUAUAAAAGUUAUUAAACAAUUUUAUGGAUUAAGUAGUUUUAGAUCCAAAAUUAAUAGAUGCAAUAAAUUCAUAACCAAUCGAUAAAAAUUAUGUAUGGCAUAUAAAAAACCUUUGUCAAAAACUAGAAUAUUUAUAAAAUACUUAAUUACCAGAUUCUACAGCAAUAAAGGAAUUAGAACCUGAAUUAAACAAGUUAAAAAAUAAGGCAUGUGGAAGAAUAAGAGAUUUUUUAUUGGAGAAAAUUACUAACCUGAAAAAGCCAAUGACAAAUGUAGGAAGUCAAUAAAUAAAUGUGCUUUUAGAUUAUAGAGUAUUUACUGAUUUUUUAAAGAUUCAUUAUUAAGAAAUUUAUACAGAAUUAUGCAUUUAUUAUACUGAAACUAUGUCCAAAUUAUAUCUACUACUUUCUAAGAAAAAUAUUUAAGAAGCAUAAAAGUGCAUGGCUGAUUUAUAUUCAAAAAAUGAUACACUAGUUAGUGAUAAUGUUUCUAAUAUUAGAAAUUAGUUAGUAACAAAAAGGUUAAAUAUUAGCUAAGGCAAGAAUAAGUCUAUAUUCGAUAUUAUGGGUAGAGAUGCAAUAUUAAAUACUGAAAAAAUGCAAGAAGAUUGCUAUUUUUAUUUAACUUCACAAAAAAAUAAUGAGAAGUUUACAAUCGAAUAAAUUUUUAGGAGUAUGUGCAAAUUAAUCAUAAAUACAGUAAUAAGUGAAACUAGUUUUGUGAAUUAAUUUUUUAAUUUAGAAACAGAAUAACAUAUAAAAAUUUUUAAAACAAUAUUUUCUGCUACAUUUAAUUAUAUGUUUGAUUUUCUUCGAAAUACACUUUCUAAUACAUUUGAUUGCGUUGGAGUUAUUUUGAUAAUUUUAAUAAAUGAAUAUUAUUAAAAGGAGUGUGCAAAUUUAUAAAACGAUAUUUUAGAAUAUUUUUUUAAUAAUAUAAGUAUGAUGGCAUGGCCAAGAUUCCUUAAAAUUUAUGAAGGUCAUUUAAAAAGUAUAGAAGAAAAAAAUAUUAAGGUAUAUAAAAGUGUAGAAAAAUAAUUAGGAUUUAAAAUUAUAGCCUAGAGAUAUGUUGAUUUGUAAUUAUCAUUUUAUUGUCUAUAUACUUAUUUCGGAGAAAAUUAAAUGCUCAGUAAUAGAAUAGAAUAACUUAGAAAUGAAUACGUUAAAUUGAUUAAGAAAAGUGGAGAAGAGAUUGGAAAAGGAUUAGAAAGAAACACUUAUAUGCUUAUUGUCUUAGAUUUUAUUUAGACAAAAUUUAAUGAAUGCAAAAUUCAGAAAAAUUUAAAAGAAUUUUAAGACGAUUUAACUAAAUUAGAAAAAGAAACAAAUCUUUAUAUUAGUGAAUUUAUAAACAUUUUCUUAAAAGACCUUUUUGGAGAUUUAAUUGAUUUUGUCAAAUAAAAUGCUAAGGAGGAAACUGAAGCUCAAAUGAAAAGCAUGGGAGAAGUAUUCUAUGAAUAAUAAAUUAAUAAUUAAAAUAAUAAAAUAAUUAAUCCUUAAGAUAAUGCGAAACUUAUUUAAAAUAUUUGCACUGAUUUUAACUUUUAUUGGAAUAAAAGAAUUGAUAUUUUUAAAGCUGAAUGCGAAAAACUUUUUUAAGGAAAUAUAAUCUUAAAAAAAAUACUUAAAAAAUUUCUUAAUAUUUUCAUUACUUAUUAUGGAACAUACUUCUAAUAUGCAAAAAACAAUUUUCCUAAUUAAGCAAACAGUUUAAUUAAAACACAUGAAAUCAUGAGAGAAAUUUAAAAAGCUUAUAAUAUUUGA